AUGGGGCUUGGCCGGGGCCGGGUGCGGGACUCACCGUGUGAGGGCUGUGGGCAUCAGGCCCGGGUCCCCUUGCAGGGGAGACCCCCGUGUCUACAGCAUGGGGACCGGCAGCAUGCGGUGGUCCUGGGCCUGCUUGUCUCUGCCCCGGGCAUUCUGGUCCCUGUGACCAGCCGUCUGGGCAGCUGCUGGGCGGCCAGCAGACCGCUGCGUGGACGCGUGUGUCCUGAGAACACGGUCACAGAGGAACUGACGGCAGAUACUGUGGACGCAAGAGGCACCUACUGCCCUGGGUCAGCUGCGUCCCUGCCAGGGCAGAGCCUGGCCUGCGUGGGAGGCGACCGUGCCCAGGGGGUCCACAAGCUCUCUUUCCGCCCCUCCCAGACCAGGAGGGACACGGCCCGCCUCCUCGUCUGUCCUGACCCAGGAGGACCACCCCCCCGAGGACCUGUGUGCUCUGCUGCCGGCCGCUCCCCCGCCCCGACCCCGCCCCGGCCCCGGCCCUUCCACCUGCUGGGCCCUCCUGGCCGUCUGGACUCUGUGUGCUGCCCGCUCGGCCACAGGGGCCAGCCCCCAGGGCCGCGGGCCGUGGCGCUGGCCCCGGACGGCAGGACGUGCUUCAGGGCCUCUGCCUGCGCACUGGUCUCUGAACACGUGGAUGGGUCGCAUCCCAGGGGACGUGGGCUCGCGAGGGCGGGCUGCCUGCUGUCCCUCAGCCCCGGACCGUCCACAGGGGACGUGUCUCCAAGCCUCAGAUGCGUCAGCUGCCCGCCAGCUCGUCUCCUGAAGGAGCUCUGUCCUGAGAUGACCGCGGUCAUCCUCUCCCGCGUUUCUGGCUCAGCGGCCGCCUGUGCCGAGCCCGGGGUCUGGGGGCUGAGAACCAGCUCUCGCAGAGGCUCCCUCCGGCGGGCACCUGCUCGUCUGCGCCCAGCUGAGUCCUCCAAGGAGGGAAGGCAUGCAAUGUGGACCUGACGCAGGUGAGAUUCUGUGCAGUGUCGGCGGGGGCCCUGGCUGGAAGGAUGCGAAGGGCCUGGGAUGACCUGGGGGCUCCCGAGGAGGAGGGGGCAGAGGAAGGGGAGUGGGGCCGGCUCUGGGUCCCCAGCCUUGACUCCAGCCGAGAGACGCGUGCUCCGUGGGGGCUGCCGACCGGGAUCCAGCGGUCUCUGGGGCCCUGUGCGGACCCAGCAUGCUAGCCCUCCCAGAUGAGCGAUGCCUGGGGCUUACCUGCCGCCCAGCGUCCGCCCCGGCGCCCCGCCUCCCACUGCUGGGGCCCUGUGGGCCGGCGCUGUGCCCACUCAGGGCUGCCGGGAGCUCCGCUGCGUGAACGUGAAUCGUGCUGGGCACUUAGGUGGAAAGACAUCCUCGUCUGUUAGGCGCUGGCCCUCCCAUCCAGCAUCUCUGAUGGAUGGUCUCUGCU